UGCACCGUAGCUGGGAAAAGGCCCGUCGGCAACAAUGAAUGCUGCAGCCGAAAUAACGGAAGACCUUCAUCUAACGCCCUAUUACUCAGACUUAUCAAAUCGAGAGUGAACGGAGCUGCUUGUCUUUUUAUAGAGGAUGCCUGUGGAAACUCCUGAAGGCUCAGGGAGAUGACUGCAUCUCUCCCCACUGUGCUGUGUUCAAUAUGGGCCCUGACGUGCCCCUGCUCAAUGACUACAAGCAGGAGUUCUUCUGGAAGCGCUUCCCCCAGACCGUGCUGGGUGGUCCACGACUUAAGCUGGGAUACUGUGCACCCCCCUAUGUCUACGCGCACCAGCUGGUGCUCUUCCUGACACCAUGGCUGCUGGGGGGGGUGGGCACGCUGCUCUACCAAGUUCGACUGCUGGAUGACGCAGGAGCUGGUGUCCUCUCAGGGGUGCUCAUGCUGGCCGUUGGCGCCGCCCUGCAGGCUCUGGCCCAGCGCGCAGCACGCAGUACAGGGGCGGUACAGAGGUUGCCGGCAGCCAAUAACAUCCUGGCGGAUGAGGAGGAGGUGGAGUUCACAAACUGCGUUGCCCCGGAGACGGUGCAUUUCGUGGUGCCAGGCAAGAGGUUCAUGGUUAAUGUAAUCCUGCACACGGCACUGGCCGGAGUUCUGUGCGGCUUGGGGACUUGGUACCUGCUGCCUGACAGGCUGAGUGUGGUGUACGCGGACACGGGCGCGGGGCUAAGUGCUAUAGUCCCCGUCUUCGCACUCAGCUGGGUGACCCUGUGUAUUGGAGAGUAUUCCCUUAUUGUGAACACAGCGACGGAGACGGCCACCUUCCAGCCUCAGGACACCUAUGAGAUCACACCACUCACCAGGCCACUGUACAUCCUAGCCUUCAUCACUGUGGACCUGGUGCUGAGGUGCUCAGGUGGAGGCGUGGCAGAGCUGCGGCUGGCAAGUCAGGUGCUGCACGGACUGUUUGUGGUGCUACCACUGCUGUGGGCUGUAGGCAUGCUCUCGCCGCUGGACGCGCUUCUGCUCUGGACCAUGGAACAGGGUCUGCUGCAUGCCCUUGGUGGCUCCCCAAUGGCCACCGACUGCAGGUUGGUGCUCAUGUUCCUGGCGUCCAUCUGUGUUUCCAUCUCUGCAUUCUUCAUCCCCUCCUCCCUUGGUGUGGUCCUCUUUACUGUUGCCAUGGGUUACCUCCUCAGUCAGGACCUUACCCAGAUCAUGGUGCUCAUCCGGGGCACGCAACAUGAACCCUCCCCACACAAUCCCUCUGUCAGCCUGGGCUGGUGGGCUCUUCCACUCUCCCUCCUCCUCCUGGCUGGGGCCAUGACCGAGGCGGGGCUGCUUCACCAGCUUUACCCCAGCCCAGGCAACCUCAGCCUGAGUAUGGGCACGGCGGAGGCCUGGGCAUGGACCAUUGACGCUAAGGGUCCCCAGGCCAUGGUGGGCUGGCUCCUCAUCGCUCUGUUUGUGGUCACGUGUGGGCUGAGGAAGCUUCAGGGUGCCUGUGUGCUUGGGGGACUUCUCCUGAACCCCCUCUAUCCCAGGCAGGUGAGCAGCGUCCAAGCCUUCAGGAGCAAGAGCAGGGGCCUGCGUGCUGCAGGACGCGUGCGGAGAGUGCUGCUCAACCUGGUGUGUCCGCUCACCAUGAUUGCAUUCCUGGCCAUGGAUGCGUCGCUGCAUGGGCUGCGUAGUGUGUCUCUGGCACUGGGCACCACGCGGGCCUUCCGAGCGGUGUGGCAGAGCUGUGAGGAUGCCCUCCUGCAGAUGGCGGUGGUUGUGGCGGUGAGGCUGGCAGCCGGAGAAGCCACCGCACCCCAGUGGCACAACCUGGGCGUCGGCAUACAGCUCAUACUGGUGUCCCUGGCGUCCGACCGUCUCUCGCAGUUCCUGGCGAAGCUGAGGUUCGCCCUGACUGUCCUCGUCACGUCCUGGACAGAGUCGAAGCAGCGCAGGCAGGCGGCCGGCGCGCUGCUGGCGUUGAACGGAGCGCUGUGCCCGCUGCUGCUGUCCGUGGUGCUAAUCGCCGCUCUGCUGGCUGCUCCCCUGCUCCCGCUCUUCACACUGCCUGUCUUCCUGGUGGGCUUCCCCAGGCCGCGGCGAUCGUGGCCUGGGACGCCCGGCAUGGCCUGCCCCUGCCCAGACUCUGUCUACUACCAGCAGCUCAGCAGCAGGCUAGCAGCUGCGCUGAGUGGCGCGCUUGCGGAUGGAGCGUUGGGUUCUUGUUCUCCUGGUUCUCAUUUCCUUUGCCGGUUCCAGGAUCGCGUGGUGUGGAUCACUGUUCUGGAGAGAGGCUAUGGCUAUUGGACCGUCAACAUUAAGGGUUUAGAGCUACAGGAGACGUCCUGCCAUACGGUGGAGGCUCGUCGGGUGGACGAGGUGUUCGAGGGCGCGUUCGAUCAGCUGGAGCGCCGCGGCCGUCUCAGGAGGUUCCUUAACCCCCACUGGGGCAACGCCCUCACGCCCUGCUCCGCCCUCCCCGUUAGGGUGUACUCCGAUGCCCGCAACGUCCUGACGGGCAUCGUCGAUUCUCCCGACCACCUGCGCCAGCUCCGUUCGGAUUUUCUGAAGACUAUGGUGUGGGUCCUGUUGCGUCACUGCUUACAGGACAAGUCUUGCAGCAGCUGCAGGGUCAAGGUGCACUCUGUGCAGGCCUCCGGACGCAAGUCCCAGAGCUCCCAGCAUGGCGUGCUGGACGAGCCUGGCCCGGGUGAUGCGAAAACGGGCGCGGCCUCCCAGGGAAGCCCCGACUCCAUUUCCUCCUCCAACCUGAGGGGGCAGGACAGCUUGAGCCUGUCGUCAUUCGCCGAUUGGUCGGACGAGGACGACCUGUUCGGUCCCGUUCCCGCACGGAAGCCAGCGAGGAUGAUUAUGGUGCGGACAGAGGUGGGGUAUCCUCGCGAGGAGUUGGGCAUGUCUCUGCCGGGCGCUGUCGAGAUCCACAGCCUGUACGAGAACGUGGCACUGGCGUCCCUCCCCACGCUGAGGCCGCUUGGUCUGGGCCUGGGCCUGCCUGUCUCAGACAGAGGCAAGGACAAUCAGCUUCCUGCCAGCCCCACCACCACCACUUACCCCCAGCCGCUCCGCUUUACCUGCCCCCAUUCGGAGAGCCUGUCCCUGGCAGUGGCUUGGCGUGCUGCCCCUCUGCCCACCUCCAGGCUCCAAGCCCUGCGUGCCUACUUCCCAGAGGACUGGUUCCACUACUGCCUCUCCCGGCUGGCAGGGGAAGGCUUCUGGGAGGGCGACCCUGAGCAGGUGUGCAGAGCUCUGCAGCAGGACCAAGCACUGAAGGAGAUGUACACCCAGGUGGCGUUGUCGUGCGCUGUAGCCCUGGGGGCAGAUGCCCCGGUACUCAGUCCUAGCAUGCUCUUCAGGGCGUACUGUGGAGACGCACCAUGGCCUGACGGACUUGAAGGGCUCAGAGCCAAUGAAGAGCUGUAUCAGCUAACCCUCAGGGCUUUUAGGUACAGUGUAAAACUGCUAAUAGACCAGGUGUCUCUGGGCCCGCUGGAAAGUCUGGAUGAGAUGUACACCACUCUCCAGGAUUACCAUAUCAACUGGUUCAUUGGUCUUGCAACGGAACGUGGUUGGCAUGACUCUAUUCUCGAAGAGAAGCCUUUCCUUUUCUCUCUGGGACACGAUCUCACCAUGGGUACGUAUACAGGUCGAGUGCUCUCUCUGCAGGAGCACCUGGUGCAGGUUGGGGUUCUGAAUGAGGAGGGUGUGCGGGGGCAGUGGGCGAACCUCUCCUGGGAGCUGCUCUACGCCACCAACGACGACGAGGAGCGCUACAGCAUCCAGGCCCACCCCAUCAUGCUGCGCAACCUGACUGUGCAAGCGGCCGACCCCCCGCUGGGCUACCCCGUCUACUCCUCUGCCCCCGCCCACCUGGGAUGCUUGUGACACAUGCCCUGCCUUUGCUAGCUCCGCCCUCCGCCAACACCUGUCACAUCUGGAACGGGUUUUCCUCCCCCCAUCUACCUGGCUACCGGCGCCGUUCCAAGGAGACUCGCUUGUGUGCCGGGUUCUGAUGGGAUCCAUGAGCUCACGAAGGACAAGUGUGAAUGAGGGUUUGCAGUUAUUGCCUGUCGGUCUAUGUAUGCUGUGAUGUUUACAGACAGUGACCCUCACAGGAAAUGAAAUUUAUAUGCACUCAUAACUCUGUAGCUGUUCUAAUUGCACAUUUCAGAACACACACACACACACACACCUGACAUUACAGUGGUUAUGAUGCACUAAAGGAGUGACGAGUUUUGUUUUUUUUUAUUGCUAACAUACAUGUUGAAGAUGGCUCAGACACCUUGCCUUGGCUGAGUGUGGCUAAAUGAUAUUAGAAUCACAGCUAUGCCAUGGAAUAGGUCAUAAACUCCAAAAUGCUUAACGACGCUGAAAGCGCUCUAUUGUGGCACGUUUUAAUUUCCGUAUCAGGGCUGUAACAUGUCCUGCUUUUGGGCCCUUUAUGUGUGUGGGUCAUUUCAAAUCACCUCAAAUAAGACAGAUAGCCAUCACAGGCCUUCGAAUUAUUACCGUACCAAGUCAGACUAAAGGUACUGCUUUUGGUAAAAGUCUGCACGAUACACUAAAGCAAAAGAGAAUUUCUUAGACAUUUAUUCAGCAGUUUUUUGAAUAUAUGUGUUUUUCUUCAUUACUAGAAUUACUUCAAUACUAUAUGACUCGCCGAUCUUGGUUUAAAACUAGUUUAAAGGUGCCCUAUGGAGUUGCUGAUUACGGGUUAAAGGUACCACCACACCAAACGUGUAUGCAUUCUUAGCCCACCCUCUCCCCUCAGUUUGUCUCAUGGAAUGACAAGAAUAUUAAAUUAUAUAAUGUAUAAAUCUGGCCAUUUUGAAUGCUAAAAGGAAAACUCUGUUGUCAUCUUCUUCCAUUUCUGCCAUUACUGCUGAGACUACAGUGCUUCCAGGAUUUGGCAUGUUAUUUAUUUGGUCUGUUCCCAUGCUAAAUUUGUUUUUAUUGUAUAUAGUACACAGAGUGAGAAAAGGGGGAAGAAUGUGUAAUUUAUGUGGAUUGCAAGGAUGUGCCUUUGACUUUUAUUUCAUAAAUGUUAAAAGUAACUUUUUUGGACCCAUUUUUACAGGUGUAAAAUUGAUCUUACAUUAAAAAUGAAUUUUCUCCUGUACAUCACUUUCUUUCAGAUAAAUGCAUAUAUGCGCAGGGCAUCAUAUGUAUGUGAGAUGCAGGUUUUGGUUACUUUGGGUUAUUUUGACCAUUUGUUUCAUUGAAGGGCUACAACUAGUACAGGAACACCAAUGGCAGGC